CCCCUUUUGCUCCGGCCCUCUCCAUGCCUAGUCCAGGCCUCAUCUUUGCCGUUCUUCUUCUUCUUCUUCUUCUUCUGGCCUUAAUUCAUGAAACCUGCAGUGCUAAAGAUAAGCAUUACUGUCCACCUUCUUCUUGUGGAAAUAAUUCGAAUAUUAGCUACCCUUUCAGAUUAAACACGGAUCCGCCUAAUUACUGUGGAAUGACGGUAGAUCCAGUAUAUAAUCUAUCCUGUGAGAACAACCUUACAGUAUUGUACUCUGAUCAAUUAAGAAAAUUCUACGUGAAAGCAAUCAAUUAUGACAAUCAAACAAUUCGAGUAGCUGAUGCUAGUUUUGAAGAAGGGAGCUGCUCCAUUCCUCAAUAUUCUUGGGACGCCGAUAACUUCUCAACGUUUUCACAAUCUUAUUAUUAUUAUUAUUCCAAUUCAAAUUAUGUUUAUUUUAGGGAGAGGAUUCUUUUCAUAAGUUGCGGAAAUCCUGUAAGUGAUCCUCUUUAUGUGGAAGCUCCUGCCUGCAUUAAUGACAGCUCUUUCUCCACACCUUAUAGGCCUAAAUCUGAAGGCAAAAGGUAUUAUUAUGUGAAAAUUGGAAGCACAACUGCACUUGAGUUAAAACCCUCAUGCCGUAUUGAGCUAAUGGCUCUUACACCUUUCAUACGGGAGAAGAAUUACGAGAACCUCUCCUACCUGGACAUCCACCAUUGGUUAGCAUAUGGAAUUGAGUUGUCGUGGCGGUAUGCUUCAUGUCGAGAGACGGAUUUUUUCUACGUUAAUGUGGAAAACCAGUGUGUUCCUUUUCCUUCAUCUCAUGUGAACGAAGAUUUCAUCAUGACAGUUGUAUCCGUACUUGAUAUUGUUGCUUUCUAUCAUGGUCUAGUAGCUGUUCUUGGAAUUCCAAGUUUCAUCAUAUUUUUAGUCUUCAAAUGGAGGAGAAGGCAUUUAUCCAUGUAUAAUUCUAUUGAAGAAUUCUUGCAAAGUAACAACAACCUCAUGCCUGUAAGGUAUUCUUACUCAAAGAUCAAGAAGAUGACCAAUGGUUUUAAGGAGAAAUUGGGAGAAGGAGGUUUUGGUCAAGUUUACAAAGCAAAGCUUCAGAGUGGUCGCUUCGCAGCAAUAAAAAUGUUGGGCAAAUCAAAAGCUACAGGGCAAGACUUUUUCAAUGAAGUAGCCACCAUCGGAAGAAUUCACCAUGUCAAUGUGGUACAAAUGAUCGGCUUUUGUGCUGAAGGAUCAAAACGUGCCCUUGUGUAUGACUUCAUGCCUAAUGGUUCUCUUGAUAAACAUAUUUUCUCAAAAGAAGGCAAUAUUGCAACUUUGGGUUGGGAAAAUCUAUACAAGAUUUCUCUAGAAGUGGCUCAUGGAAUAGAAUAUUUACACCGAGGUUGUGAUAUGCAAAUCUUGCAUUUUGAUAUCAAGCCUCACAACAUUCUUUUAGAUGAGAACUUCACUCCAAAAGUCUCUGAUUUUGGUCUUGCUAAGUUAUACCCAGUCAAAGAAAAUACUGUGUCCUUGACCGCAGCAAGAGGAACUCUAGGAUAUAUGGCACCUGAGUUGUUUUACAAAAACUUAGGUAGUGUCUCUCACAAAGCUGAUGUCUACAGUUAUGGGAUGUUAUUGAUGGAAAUGGCUAGCAGAAGAAAGAAUGUGAACCCAUUUGCAGAGCAUUCAAGUCAGAUCUACUUUCCUUCAUGGGCAUCAAAGCAAUUGAACAAAGGAAUGGAGCUAGAAAUAAGAGAAGCCAAUGAAAAUGAAAAGAGAAUUGCAAAGAAAAUGAUCAUUGUAGCUUUGUGGUGCAUACAAAUGAAGCCAAGUGAUCGCCCUUCAAUGAACAAAGAAAGCGAUUAUAAUCACUCAAUAAUCAAAGUUGUGGAUCCCGGUGUUCUUCAAGGUAACUGUUCCUCACUGCCUCUCUAUUCCCUUGGCAUUGAUAAGGACAGAAGAUACAGUGAUCCAUAUCACUCAUAUUCUGAAGAAGCUCUUCUUUUCCUAAACAGUGGAAAGCCAAUAAAUGAUAUUCACUAUGUGGAUGCUUCCUCUUGCAUUGGUGCUACUAAAUUUUCCAACUCCAAGUCCAAAAGGUAUUAUUAUGCUAAGAUUGGAAGAACAACAGCAUUUGAAUUAGAGAAGUCAUGCUGGAUUGAGCUGAUGGUUCUUUCUUCUUCAAGAGGGAUAAGUGAUAACAACACUACAUACCUAGAUUUUCACGAUUAGCUAUCAUAUGGAUUUGAGCUUUGGUGCUCUCCUGACCUUUCUAUAUGGAUUGGUACGUAACAAACAUAUGUUGCUCGUUGAUUAAACAUAUGCAAAUGCAACUCGCUAAUUUUGGGGUUUUUUCUUUUUUUUUUAAUGAACCGUAUGCAAAUUC